GUAUAGUCUAAAUGCAACUUCGGUGACGAUUUAUACUCAUUUUGUCGAUCUCCCCAUUGCUUCAAGUGGUGUGAUCUCGCGAACACGUCCUACCUGCACUACGUAUACGACAUACACCACAACGUGCGGGGAUCUAAUAGCCGUCUAAGUUACCGUGCUAAUCACCAAGAAGCUGUCUUAAAACUCGAGGAUUUCGAUCUAUCUCUGUUCUAACUUUGGCCUUAUUGUACUCUACUCUGUUCUCUUCUGUCUAGUACUCUAUUUACUCUUCUAAACAUAUUUAAAUAUGUCAGCACAAGCCGCAGUUUCUCCUAGUCAAGGAGCCGUCCCCGGCUCCGUGGACAUCCCCGUCGCACCUUGGCCAGUAACUGCUACCAAGUAUGAGGGCGUAGAUGCCCCCGCAGUAACUUCCAAAAUAUUGGAGUCUAUAAACGAUUCCCUUCCAAAACAUGAUCACAAAACAAUUGCAAAUCUCUUCCUUGAUAAUGGCUAUUGGCGGGACCAUCUCGCCCUGACUUGGGAUUUCCGUACUAUGAAGGGAAGGGAUAAGAUUGCUUCAUUCCUUGACGAGGGCCAUCACUUGAAAAGUAUUCGGUCCGACCGCGACUACCCAGCAAAGAACGCCGGGCCGGAGUUAGCUCCAUUCCGGAUGGAUGGAUCCGUUCAAGGGAUACAGUCCUUUUUACGCAUCAGUACCGAGUAUGGUUCUGGUCCCGGUUUCAUCCGUCUUAUUCAAGACGAUGCCGGCGAAUGGAAAAUAUGGACUAUUUACACCACAAUGAAUGAACUUCGCAACUACCCAGAACCAGUUGGCCGUCUUAGAGCCAAUGGUGUUACCCAUGGAGUGAACCCCAAUCGGAGAAAUUGGUACGACAGAAGGCAAUCGGAGUUCAGUUUCGAAACUGGCGAUCCGGAUGUACUUAUCAUCGGUGGUGGACAAGCUGGGCUUGCGUUACAUGCCCGAUUGAAGAUGCUUGGUGUUCCCACACUCGCAAUUGACUCGAGUGAGAGCAUCGGCGAUAACUGGAGGAGACGCUAUCCCCAGCUCGUGCUCCAUGACCCGGUAUGGUAUGAUCAUAUGCCGUACAUUGAAUUUCCAAAAGCCUGGCCCGUUUUUACGCCGGCGGCUAAGUUGGCCAACUUUUUGAAGUCGUAUGCUGAAAUGCUCGAGCUCAAUGUGUGGAAUAACACGACCAUCGCGUAUAGUACUUGGGACGAGAAAAAGAAGCAAUGGGAUGUAGUCCUUAAACAAAAGAAGGAUGGGAAUACUGAAGUUCGCGUGAUGCACCCGAAACACAUCGUCCAAGCUACGGGUCAUUCUGGUAAAAAGAACUACCCGCAUUUCAAGGGGAUGGAAAAUUUCAAGGGCGACACUCUCUGCCAUUCCUCUGAAUUUCGAGGCGCUAAGAAGAAUAGUGAGGGAAGAAAAGCAGUUGUGAUCGGUGCAUGCAAUUCCGCCCUCGACAUCGCUCAAGACUUCUACGAAAACGGAUAUGAUGUGACCGUCAUUCAGAGGUCAUCGACCACGCUCAUGAGUAGCAAAGCGGCGGCGUCGAUGCUUGGUGCUUUAUACAGUGAGGAUAGCCCUCCGCUUGAGAUAUCCGACGUACUCGCGUGGGCGAACCCAGGUGAAGUGAAUAAGGCAAUUCAUGCCGAUUUCAACGAGCUCCAGGAAAACAUUGACAAGGAUAUUAUUCAAGGCUUAAACAAAGCCGGCUUUAAAACCAAUCGUGGACCAUCAAACGGCGGUCUCUUCGUCAAGUAUUUCCAAUGUGGAGGCGGAUACUAUAUUGACGUAGGUGCCUCGCAGCCGAUUAUUGAAGGCGCAAUCAAGGUCAAGCACGGCGUCGGCGUUUCUGAGAUCUUGCCGCACGGCGUAAAACUCGAAGACGGAACGGAGUUGGAAGCGGAUGAGAUUGUCUGCGCGACAGGAUACCAGAAUAUGAAAACCGCCACGGAAGCGAUAUUUGGGGAGGAUGUUGCGAAUAAUAUCUCCACUGUAUGGGGCUACGAUGAAGAGGGUGAGACGAGAGUAAUGUGGAGGCCUACGGGUCAACCUGGACUUUGGAUUUUCGGGGGCAACUUGGCUAUGUGUCGGUAUUAUUCUCAACUUGUCGCUGUUCAGAUCAAAGCGCAGCUAGAAGGGUUUUCCAACCCGAUUAAAUCUUAAGGUAAGUCGGGUAUGUGUACGUAUACAGUGUAAACGCCGCUGGAUGAAGUCGUUAUUGUCAAUCCUUCCAAGGAAUCCCUAGACCACUUGUGGGAUUAGUGCCCCUUAAACUGAACCAAUCAUUGCGGUACGCAAGACGAGGAUUCACCCAAUUUAGGAAAGAACAUAAUAUUUUCGGAAUAGUUAAGUAAUCCAAUACG